AAUAUGGGCAUCCCAAUCGAUGACGAUAGAUUGUACACAAUACACUUCGCUGACGACCAAGCCAUUCUAGCUGAAGACGAGAGUGAUAUAGACUAUAUGCUCAGAAAACUGAAAGAGGAGUACACUAAGUGGGGCCUUACAAUUAAUAUACAAAAAACCGAGUACUUAGUUGUAGGAGAAACACCAGAACGCCUACAAAUUGAAAUAGGAACUAUAAAUCCAACAGAAGUCUUCAAAUACUUAGGAGUCCAAAUAUCUUCAAAAGCAGGGAGUAACGACGAAAUACAUUCCAGGAUUGGCCAAGCAAGAUCAGCCACCAGACAGCUACACGGACUAUUGUGGAGUAAUAAAAUAACAAAAGAAAAUAAAAGAAGAAUGUAUAAAACAAUAACAGAAAGUAUUGGGUUGUACGGCGCUGAACUCUGGGAAAUCAACCAAAGAAACAAGUCAAAAAUCAAGGCGAUGGAAAUGAACUAUUGGAGACGAUGUUGCCGACUCACUAGACUUGAUAGGGUGAGAAACGAAGAUAUUAGGAGACAAAUGGAAAUCGAUCUAGAUAUAAUAGACACAAUCGAAGCCAAAAGACUUAACUGGUAUGGACACCUUCAGAGAAUGCCUGAAAAUAGAUGGCCGAAAAAAAUAGAAAAAUGGACUCCACCCACAAGAAGAAAACGAGGUAGACCAAGACGAUCCUGGAGAGAAGAUGUCGAAGAUGCAAUGACCGCCAGAGACUUAAAAACUGAAGAUUGCUUCGACAGAAAUCGCUGGAGAUUAGGAUGCGAGAAGCGGCGACAGCUGUAGAAGACUCGCUUAUUAUAUAUAUAUACUUUAAUAACUUGAUUUGUGCUAAAUAUUCUCUCUCUCUCUCUCUCUCUCUCUCUCUCUCUCUCUCUCUCUCUCUCUCUCUCUCUCUCUCUCUCUCUCUCUCUCUCUCUCUCUCUCUCUUUCUCUAUCUCUCUUUCAAAUCAACUAUUUCUUCUUCUUGUUUUCUUUUUAAUAUUAUCUUAAAUAUAAAAAUCCUACUUAUUCAUUCUUCUUCUGCUUCUUCUUCUUUUCACGUCUCGAGUUUUUAUCAAUGUUUUUUUUUCUUUUCUGCCAUCGUUACUUGUCAUCCUUCUUCUUAUUCACAUUUUUUUUACAAAUAUUCUUCUUCUUUUUUGAAAAAAAAAUUUUCAAGUCCCUGUGAAAAAAUUUUCCGGUACCUUGGGGGGUGUGUAACGUUUCAAUCAGCCGAUUGAAACUACACCAAGCUACGCUACACCAAGCUCCGCUUGGUAUUUGUCCCUCGGACUAUAUAUUUCUAGAAGCGACCCUACUACCGUCAAGUCAAUUAGUACAUCUCUUCGAAGCUAUUUAAUGCGAUAAAAAUGUGUACUAGCUCCCUUUUGCCAUUGCCACGUAAAUCAGGCACAAUAUUGGCAUGCAUUAUCGUGUUUGUGUGUAGGCCGUUAAACAAUGGCCCCUACCUCGGGAAGAAGAUUUUAAUCAAGCACCUGGAAAAGAAAACCUUCUACCGCUACCUUGGAGAGCGAAUUAGCUUACAACCUUAUCCUGAUGCAGUAGAAUAAAUUAAACAAGACAGCCCUACAGAGACAAGACAGCCCAACAACGUAGCCCUAGACUUCCCUUAACUGCCGGCGACGACAAAUUCUACAGGGAUUGGGGACCUCCUUUAGGAACUGUGACGGAAGGACUUAAAGCUGAGUAAAUUUUUACCUUUAUAACUUUUGUACCGAUUACCAGCGGGGUCUCGGUCACGGGCUUAGAAAAUUAACUUGGUUAUCAGUAUACAACAAAAAUGAUUUUUGUUAAGUUUUUUUUUAUAUUUCAAUAAAUAGCGUAUUUAAAAAUGA